AUGGCGGACCUCCACCGGCAGCUGCAGGACUACCUGGCGCGCUCCAAGGGCGCCGGGCCGGCGGCGGAGGCGGCGGAGGGGGCGGAGGGGGCGCAGGGGGCGCAGGGGGCGCGGGGCUGGCUGGCCCGGCUGAGCCCGUUCGGCCGCAGGGCGGAGGCGGCUUCGUCGGGGGGCGGGGGGCGGUGCCCGGGGGGCUGGCGGCGCUGGGCGUGGGGCGGGCUGGGCGUGGGGCUGUGGGCGGCGUGCGUGGCGCUGGCGGGGCCGUGGGCCCGCAGGUUGGCGCUGCUGUGGUCGCUGGGGUCGGGGCUGGCGGCGGCGGCGGCGUGGCUGUGGGUGUGGCGGCGGGCGCGGCGGGCCGAGGAGCUGCCGUGGCGGGCCGCCGGGCUCUACCUGGCGGCGCUGGCGGCCACGCUGUACGGCGCGCUGCUGAGGCGCGGCGCCCUGCUGGCCGCGCUGGGGGCGGCGGCGCAGACGGCCGUGCUCGUGGCCGCGCUGCUCGGACGGCUGCCCUGGGGCGGCGCGGCGGCCCUGCGCUACGCCCUGGGCGCCACGCUCGGCCGGGGCCUCCCCCAAGGCCUCCCCGUCUGAGCCCCCGGGCCGGCGACGCCCCCUCACCCCGCCAGGGCCGGGGCCUCACCCGGAGGACGACCGGGGCCGCCCCCGGGGCCUGACCUGGAGGAAGACCAAGGCCUGACCUGGGGCCCCACGUGGAGGACGACCGGGGCCUGAGCUGGGGCCCGACGUGGAGGACGACCGGGGCCUGAGCUGGGGCCCGACGUGGAGGACGACCGGGGCCUGAGCUGGGGCCCGACGUGGAGGACGACCGGGGCCUGAGCUGGGGCCCGACGUGGAGGACGACCGGGGCCUGACCUGGGGCCCGACGUGGAAGACGACAGGGAUCUGACCUGGGGCCUGACACGGAGAACGACUGGGACCUGAUCAGGGGCACGACCGGGACCUGACAUGGAGGCCUGACCGGGACCUGACCCGGGGCACAGCCAGAGCCUGCCAUGGAGGAUGACCAGGGCCUGAUCAGGGGAUGACCGGGGCCUGACACGGAGGACGACCGGGACCUGACCGGGGCACGACCGGAGCCUCACACCGAGGACGCC